CCCCCACCCCCUUGCAUCCCCAAAAACUUUUCUCUUGCCAAUUGCCAUUUGCCACUAGCUUUGUAGCUCCUUCAUUCUGCAAAUCUGCCAUGGCAGUGCGAAUAAAUCCAAGCUCUUCAACACUAAUACCCAAAUCCGCAGAUCAUCGGAUUGCAACCAGAGAUCCUCAAACAAACGCCGCACUCAUACACAAGGUGCCGGAAUUGGGAAAGCGGCGCCACUGGAAGUUCACCGUUCGAUGCUCGGAGAAACAAGCUCAGAGCAGCCUCAGGACGUGCAAAAUUUGCAAGGCAAAGUUCGAUCCUCUGCUCAAUCACCGCCGUGCUUGCCGUUACCACCCUGCCCAUUUUGGAGGUAUCUUCUUUAAAGCCCAUAGUUUUCCGUACUCUCUACUUGGCUAACUACUGGCUAAGUGCUAUGUUAGGGUUCUCAAGUUCAAUUUCACCCCAAUUUGUUGUCCACAGACAUGAAAUAUAUGUGAAAUCCAUGUCCUCCAGUGCUAGAUCCACACUCUGGAAAAUACUAAUCCUUUCUCAAUUUCGUUUUUUCACUUGCUAUGGCAAAAUCAUAACAUUCAAGUAUAAGUAGUAACUUGUCUUAGUACCAAGCAGUUUUUUCUCUUUACCAUUGCAUUUCUUGUGAUCCAAAUGUUCCCCAAAUGCUGCGAGUGUAGGAAUUAAUUUUGUUUUACUUCUUAAUGACAUCCCGCAAAUUGGUUACUACUUUCAAGACUAUUAUGUGUUGUUUGAUCUAGUUCUUGUCAUCACUGACUUAUAUUGAUUUAGUAGCUAGUCGCGUGUAUAAUUAGCAUGUUUGCCUUUAUAACAUGUAUUCUCCAAAGAUUUUGUUCAGAUGUUUCUGAUAAAAUAAAUCCUUUAAAAUGGAUGCCCUUUAUUGUACUUCUGGGUUGGACCAUAAGGUCAUUUCACUUUUUCCUAACAAUAUUUACUUUUACAAGACAAUUUAUGAAGAUAAUUCUCUACUUACGAGUAGGGGUAAGGUUUGUGUAUACAAACCUCCCUUAGAUCCUAAUUUUACUAGGUUUGUUUGCUUUUUAAUCUGUGAGUAUAAUUCUUUUUAAAGUUUAGCCCAUGAGAUCCAAACUACUCUCACUUUGUGAACAUUAAUGAAAAUUUCAUAGUUCAUCACUUAAUCCUAUUAUGUUUUAAAUAAGCCACACUUUCAUAUGUUUUGCUUGAUUGGCCAAAAUUUAGAAUUGUAAGAUACAGAUUGCACAAAACUCUAGUCCUUUAGUUUUUUUUACUUUAAUCCACAUGUAAUUCCGAGGUGAUUUUAACUUCUUGUGUUCUCUGAUCUUAAGCCCCUAGUAGUAUCUGUAAUCAUAAUUCUUCAACAAACAGGACUGAUGUAUAGUUUAAUUAUCCUCUAGUCCUUAAGUUUUUUUUACUUUAAUCCACAUGUAAUUCCGAGGUGAUUUUAACUUCUUGUGUUCUCUGAUCUUAAGCCCCUAGUAGUAUCUGUAAUCAUAAUUCUUCAACAAACAGGACUGAUGUAU